AUGUCUCAACGAUAUACAUGCACACGUUGCAUGCGGCAACUCAGCCAGCUGCCUAGAGGCCAACGAACACCUAGCAAUGUCUUCCAAAGACAUAUACCGGCAGUCCCGUCCAUCCGCUCCACAGCCUCACACUUGCACACCUCACCCGCACGCCCAGCAAAAGUCCGAGGCACAACCCGCGAGAGCUUCGCCAAAGCGCGCUUCAGCCGCACCGAUGUCCCACCCCGGGAGUUCUGGGCCGCGCAAGCGCGCCCACCGCUCGUGGCAGACCUCACAGCGGACGAGUGCCAGCGCGCCGCCCACCAGUACGCCGACCUAGCGCUCGAGGACGCGGCCGACUGGCGGCAGAAGAGGCUGAAACCCGCCAACGCCGACGGCAAUGCCGACGGUAAAGACAGCAGCCAGUACGUCUCGUACUACACGCUGCACUACAUCGCGACGAUGAUCACGCUGGGCCCGCGCGGCCCGGCCUGGCACCUCGCGACGCACAUCUUCCACACGCUGACGCAGCUGGGCUACGAGCCGAGCGUGCUGACCCUGGCGCGGCUGGGCCUGCGCACCGGCAACCUGCACCUGCCGCACUUCCGGCCGGCGGUCGACGCGCUCGACAGGUCGCUGCGGAGCAGGCGCGGCAGCGCCGACGCCUGCACGCUGAAGGCCAUGAUGUGCAUGGCGCAGGAGACGAGGGAGGGCGACGACGAGGCGCUGCGGUGGUUUCGGAAGGCGUUCGAUACGCAUAACAGCCUCGUCAACAGCAGCACCAGCAGUAACACCGAUCUCAGUGCCAACAGCGACGAUCAAGACGCCAAGACAGUCGAUCGCGUUUUACCGCAGCACUGGCAAUGGCAGACCAGCUUCGCGCUCGGCACGGCCGCCAUCCGCGCCAGGCGCGGCGAGACGGACAAGGCGCGGGAGCUGUACCGGUUCGCGGCGCGGGACCUCGACAACGCGAAGGGGUGCUACGAGCUUGCGCAGCUGCUGGACGACGCCGCGGGCGACCACCCCGAGCGCCGCGAGCUCCUGGAGAAGGCGGCCGUCAGCGGGGUCGAUGCCGCGUGUCGGGAGCUGGGGGUGCUCGAGCGUGAGAGGGCGGCGGCGGGCUUGGGGAGUAGGAAGGAGCGGGAGGAGGCGCGCGUGCUGGCGGAGGAGUGGGCGGCUAUUGCGGGAGAUCGGGCGGCGCUUUGA